AUGACGCCGCUAAUGAUCACUCAAAUGGCGAGAAACGCAGCCCAGAAUACCCCCAAUCGCGAAAAUGCCCCCGCACGUCGGUGCCUUUUCGCGCGAUGCUCUGCGUCUUCGAUCCCUGUGCCACGUCCGCAGUCGUUCGGUCGUUGCGAUAGCACGUCGUAUGCGUACUGUGCCCUCUCCGGGGCCCUGUUUGCCGUGGGUGCUGUUAUGUUCCUGUUCAUGUACCUGAAUGGAGGCAGCGAAACGAGGCCUUCGAAUUUGGACGACGGGUGGCUCGUUGGACCGAUCUUCAUGUGCACCGGGCUUCUGUUGGGCAUCAAAAACCUGCUUUACAUGCGAAGGGCUAAGCUCUUGUUCGACUUGUUGCUUGCCCAAGAACAACGAGCUGCCGAAAGGGAUUUUCACGAAAUGGAAAGCUGUGUGCAUCGAAAUGCAAGUGUCGUUACGCUUCCGCCUUCAUACGACGUUGCCAUCACAAUGCCUUCCUCCGAUGCCGUGAAAGCCGCCCGCACUUCUGUCUUCAGCCCUGAUUCCGAAUUGCCGUCGUACGACGAAGCUUUGCGUCUCUUGUCAGACUCUCAACCAGCACCGUAA